UCCGGAGGCUCGAUAGUUUCCAGAGAUGAAUACUAUAGCAAGUGGCGUCUUCUGGAGCGUUACCACUGUGGUGGUGGACAGUGGAAGGGGUCACCAUCAUCCCUGGAGCGUUACCACUGUGGUGGUGGACAGUGGAAGGGGUCACCAUCAUCCCUGGAGCGUUACCACUGUGGUGGUGGACAGUGGAAGGGGUCACCAUCAUCCCUGGAGCGUUACCACUGUGGUGGUGGACAGUGGAAGGGGUCACCAUUACCCCUGGAGCGUUACCACUGUGGUGGUGGACAGUGGAAGGGGUCACCAUCAUCCCUGGAGCGUUACCACUGUGGUGGUGGACAGUGGAAGGGGUCACCCUCAUCCCUGGAGCGUUACCACUGUGGUGGUGGACAGUGGAAGGGGUCACCAUUAUCCCUGGAGCGUUACCACUGUGGUGGUGGACAGUGGAAGGGGUCACCAUUACCCCUGGAGCGUUACCACUGUGGUGGUGGACAGUGGAAGGGGUCACCAUUACCCCUGGAGCGUUACCACUGUGGUGGUGGACAGUGGAAGGGGUCACCAUCAUCCCUGGAGCGUUACCACUGUGGUGGUGGACAGUGGAAGGGGUCACCAUUACCCCUGGAGCGUUACCACUGUGGUAGUGGACAGUGGAAGGGGUCACCAUUAUCCCAGGAGCGUUACCACUGUGGUGGUGGACAGUGGAAGGGGUCACCAUUACCCCUGGAGCGUUACCACUGUGGUAGUGGACAGUGGAAGGGGUCACCAUCACCCCUGGAGCGUUACCACUGUGGUGGUGGACAGUGGAAGGGGUCACCAUCUUCCCUGGAGCGUUACCACUGUGGUAGUGGACAGUGGAAGGGGUCACCAUCACCCCUGGAGCGUUACCACUGUGGUGGUGGACAGUGGAAGGGGUCACCAUUACCCGUGGAGCGUUACCACUGUGGUAGUGGACAGUGGAAGGGGUCACCAUCACCCCUGGAGCGUUACCACUGUGGUGGUGGACAGUGGAAGGGGUCACCAUCAUCCCUGGAGCGUUACCACUGUGGUAGUGGACAGUGGAAGGGGUCACCAUCACCCCUGGAGCGUUACCACUGUGGUGGUGGACAGUGGAAGGGGUCACCAUCAUCCCUGGAGCGUUACCACUCUAUAAAAUCGUCGUGA